AUGCAACAAGCUCAGAAUGUCGCAGGUCUGGCACAUGCUGGAAGGGCCAUCGCACCUACGGGGAAUGAUGUCCUAUUUGGACGUGGUAAGAGGUUUCAAAACCACCCUGGUAACUUGCGAAUGCGAAAAAUCAUCAGAAAAUAUAAGAAGAUCUACAUGGCCCAGAAAGGCCAACACAAAAAGCGACUUGUGGUAGAAAACGCUUACAGCGAGAUCGCCAGUGGCGGAGCCAGAUUUGUCAAGCAGAGUGAAGAUGACAAGAACGAAUGGGUGGAGGUGAUGAUGCACGAAGCAUUGGAAAAGGUGGCUCAUACUAUCCGUUACAAGCCAAGAAAUUCCAAAGAAGGAGGCUCUGCGGAAGAGGGCGAUGGAGACGAGAGUAGUGCUGAUGAGAAACCAGUCAACAUGGCAGCCAAUACGGUAGUCUUGAACAGGGAUCAGCCGGCUUCUUCUCUCGCAUCAUCACAUGCCCAGGUCCGAUCGGAAGUGGAAUCAGCACCAGGGCCAAUCUCCUAUGAGAGUCAGAUGACAGCAGCAAGCCAUCUCUACAAUCCGUUGCUGAACCCAGGCAUCAGUCAUCAACGAGUCAAUCAGAUUAUUCCGCCAAUCUCUUUACUAGACGUCUAUGUGAACCCGAUCAACAGACCAUUUCUGCAAGCUGGUCUACUGUCACCGUCACACUAUCCUCAAAAUCUACUCUUGAAUAGGCUUGGAAUAAAUUGGUAUGGCAUGAACCAAGCAACGCCAGAUUCAUACUUAGCGACAGCUUUGGGUAUGAACCAACAACCUGAUGCAACCACAGCAGUUGGUCAACGUCAGCAACAACAAGCAAUGAUUGCGCAGCAAAUGCAGCAAGCAGUCCAGGAUUCAGAAAAAAAAUCACCCCCCAAAGACAAGGAAGAAACAGGCAAGGCAAAAGCGGAGUGA